CCCUGUUGUUUGGGGUAAAACAAACUCGACUCGACUGGGAACCUUUAUAUCGAAGCUAGCCAGCACACGAAAACGUUCAACAAUAUUCUACAAUUUGUCCCAAGCAAAAUUUUCUAGAUUUACAGAAUGAGCCGACAUCGCUAUAACAAUGUGCAUCUGAAGGCGCUGCCAGGUGCCUUGAUGGUGGAGCAGGAAGACCAACAGGCGGUUGGCGCACAAGGCAGCACAGAAAAGUUGCCCAUGUGGCCAAGUGAGCGCAUUGCACCGGGGGGUGCUGGAGCCUUUCACUCGACCAAAGUGAAGUAUAGCAAGGAGACCUCUGAUUUAAUCCGUCUGCUCGUUAAGGAGUCCAAGAUGUCCAUAUUGAUGCGUAAGCAAAUCGAUGAGAGUCUGCGCAAUGGGGAGCCAUUGCCGUUGCCCAAGCCACCACGUCCAAACACCAACAAUGACCCGGACAAGGAGACGUUGGCCAUUCUCGAUCGCGCUCGCAACGCCAAGCGCAAGAAUCUGCGCCAGAUUGAGGCCAGUGGUGCCUACAAGACGACCUACUAUCGCCCACCCACAGACAAUCGCAUGGCCGGAGAGAAGGCCAAGUCCCAGCUGCAGUUCACCAUGGCUGGCACACAUCUGGCCGAUCCGGCCGUGAAGCCGUUGCGACGUCCCCGUGAGGAGCCACUCGUAACAGAGGAGGAUAUCAUUAACGAACUCCUCGAUCAGAUCAACGAACGGGCCAUGUGGCUGACCGAAAUGGAAUCGUUGGGGCAGGGCAAGAAAUAUCGCCCAGAGAUUCGCGAUCAGAUAGCCGAGCGCUUGCAUCGCAUCCAGGCCUUGGAGUCCAAGAUUAAGAUGAAGUCUGUGGGUGGCUACCGUUUCGUCGACUAACUGUGUUAAUCUGUUAUAUAAUCUAUGUGUUAAAUGUUGCUUUUGACCCUAUAGGGCGCCCAGAAGCGAAUAGAACCAAUUCAAUAAAUGCCAAUAUAUUGUGUA